AUGGACGCAAGCGAGGAAUGGCUUUUAGGCGAUGUCGAGGACACCGGGGGAAAUCCGAUUCUGUUCCAGGAUCGGAUGAUCUCGGACUCGGUGGAGUAUGAGCAUUCGUACUCGAACGCGAUGCAAGUCAUCAAGGAGGAACGAGAUCUCGACGAAGAGUGCUUCCCCACCGUUUCUUUGUCGUCGGCCUCCGGUCAGGGCGCCUUCAUCAAAUCCGAGGUCGGCUCUCGGCCGAUUUCCCCGCCUGCACCACCUUACACCCGAAUCGUAAACGCAAAUAUCGUUGCUGGCACAGUCGUGUGCAAACCGUCGUCGAAGGCGUCGAAAAACCGUCUUCUGGCCACAGCCCUAAGCGCUCCCCCUCUGGCUUCGCUGUUGAAGCAAGGAACUCAUAUCCUCCCGAUCGGUGUGACUCAGGUAAAAGUUGAGCUUCCCCCGACUCCUCCGAGCUCGACAUCUUCAUCGAACGAAUCCGAGAGCGAUGGCAGCACCUCCCCGCUGCAUUCGGCACACGGUCUCGUUUAUAAAAAGAGAGUCUGUGCAACUAUAAACACGAACGCUGACGGCAGCUCCGUCGAAGGGCUCGCGUUGACGGAAGAGGAGAAGCGAACCCUGAUAGCCGAGGGCUAUCCUAUCCCUCAGAAGCUACCGCUGACAAAAGCUGAGGAGAGGUCAUUGAAGAAAAUCCGUAGGAAAAUAAAAAACAAGAUAUCCGCUCAGGAGAGCAGACGGAAGAAGAAGGAGUACGUCGACGCGCUGGAAAAAAGGGUGGAGCAACUCGCUGCAGAAAGCCGGGAUAUGAGGAAGGUUUGCGAGUCCUUGGAGGAAGCGAAUAAAGUUCUCCAACAGCAGCUGAAAAUUCUACAAGAACAGCAGAAAGAAGUUCUCCUCAAAGACGAAUGUCAGGAAGAAAUGAUCGAGGAGGAGGAAAUAUUGGCCGACGGUCUCGAUGAAGUGCAAGAGGAGCUGACCGAAGAAGAGAUCAUCGUGAACGUGACUGAAGACAUGUGUUGA